UACUACUUUACAAACCACAAUAAUGAGACUUCGUUGUAUGCUCUUCAUCACCUCUUUGCUUGAACUUUCGCUGCACUCCUUUUUUCUUUCUGCUUAGAUAAACAUGGCUGUGGGAGAAGCUGUUCUCUCUGCGUUCCUUCAAGUGCUGUUUGACAGAUUGGCUUCACGCGAGUUCGUAGGCCUGCUACAAAGCCGGAAGUAUGAUGACUUGUUGGAGAAAUUGAAGAUCACACUGCUGACAGUCACAGCACUGCUUAACGAUGCUGAGGAGAAGCAGUUUCGUAGCCCUGCGGUGGAGAAGUGGCUGCAUAUGGCUAAAGAGGCUCUUUAUGAUGCAGAGGACAUAUUGGAUGAGCUUACUUCCGAAGCUCUGAGAUGUAAGGUGGAAGCUGAAUCUCGGGACAGCCCUAAUCAGGUAUGGAAGUGGACCCCAUCUGGUGCGGGGAUGGAAUCCAAAUUGAAAAAGGUUAUUGAGAAACUAGAAUUGAUUGCCAAAUAUAAAGAUGUCCUUGGCUUGAAUAACGAAGGAAGGUCGUCUGGACUCAAACAAAGAUUACCAACAACUUCAUUGGUAGAUGAAACUUGUGUCUAUGGCAGGGUUCAUGAUAAAGAUAUGAUAAUCGAGCUACUACUGAGGGAUACACCAACAAGUAAAGAUAAAAUUGGUGUAAUUCCUAUAGUUGGCAUGGGUGGUGUUGGUAAGACAACUCUUGCACAAGUUGUUUACAACGACCGGAGAGUGGAGAAACAUUUUACUUUAAGGAUUUGGGUGUGCGUGUCUGAUCAAUUUGAUGUAUUGAGGGUGACAAAAACAAUUCUUAGGUCAGUCACUUUGGCAGAUACAGAUCUCGAUGACUUAAAUCUACUUCAAGUUAGUUUGAAAAAAAAAUUGGUUGGAAGGAGAUUUUUGCUUGUUUUCGACGAUGUUUGGAACAAGAGAAAUCAUGAUUGGGAUCUCUUAUGGAGUCCAUUGAAAGCUGGGGUAAGAGGAAGUAAAAUAUUAAUGACUACCCGGAAUAGGGAUGCUGCAUCAAGCCUGGGGACAGUUCCAGCUCAUCAUUUGACAGGUUUAUCAUUUGAAGAUUGCUGGUUAUUGUUCACAAGCCAUGCAUUUGCGGAUAGAAACAUUGCUGCCUAUCCAAAUUUGGAGGCAGUUGGGAGGAAGGUUGUGAAAAAGUGCGAAGGUUUACCCUUAGCAGUAAAGAGACUGGGAAUCCUGUUGCGCUCUAGACAAGAAGACAACGAAUGGAAAGAUAUAUUAAAUAGGAAAAUAUGGGAUCUACUGGAUGAUGAAAGUGAUAUUCUUCAGAGUCUAAGGCUCAGCUAUCAUCACCUUCCUGCACAUUUGAAGCAAUGUUUUGCAUAUUGCUCGAUCUUCCCCUUGGGAUAUGAAUUUGAUGAGGAAUCUCUAGUUUUGCUAUGGCUGGCAGAAGGAUUUGUGCAGACACCUAAAGCAAAUAAAAGACUUGAAGAAGUGGGUGGCGAAUAUUUUCUUGAGCUAGUAUCAAGGUCAUUCUUUCAGGAAUCUAUCGACAAUAAAUCACGAUUUGUAAUGCAUGGCCUCAUUAGAGAUUUAGCCGAUGUUGUUUCUGGUGAGUUUUGCUUCAGACUGGGGGAUAAGUUAAAGAAUGCCAAUCAAAGCAGAAUUUUUGGGAGGGCUCGUCAUUCCUCAUACCGUCGUGGCAGGCGUGAUUUGCUCCCAAAAUUUGAGGCCUUCAAUGGAGUUGAACGCUUACGCACCUUCCUGCCAGUGGAUCCAACUGGCUUGAUUGGAGUUAGCUAUAUGGCUAAUAAUGUGCCUGGUGAUCUCUUGCCAAAGUUAAGAUAUCUACGGGUGUUGUCAUUCAAUGCUUAUCGUAUCACUGAAUUGCCAGAUUCCAUUGGUGACUUGAAACAUCUACGCUACCUGGACCUUUCUUACACAGCAAUUCAAAGGUUACCCGACUCAGCAGGUAGUCUUUACAAUUUACAGACUUUAAUCCUGUGGCAAUGUAACUCACUCAAUAAGCUGCCUUCCAAGAUGGGGAACCUAACAAGCUUACGACAUCUCCUUAUUAGUGCAAGCGGGUUAAAAGAGAUGCCUCAGGAAAUUUGUAGAUUGAAGAAUCUUCAGACGUUGUCUACUUAUAUAGUGGGUAAAGACGGUGGGUUAAAAAUUGGAGGCUUGAAGGACAUGUUGCAACUUCGAGGAUCGCUUCACAUUUCCGGACUGAAAAACGUUGUCAGUUUUGAUGAUACAGUGGAGGCUAAUUUGAAGGACAAGCAGGAACUCGAUCAGUUAAUAUUCCAAUGGAGUGACAGCUUCAAAGAUUCUGACAUGCCACAAGUUCUCAAAAUCCACGAAGAUCCCAGCACCAGAGACUUUAAAAAUAUAAGAUUUCCAAACUUUGGGGAACUCAUAACAAGUUAUACACAAGAAUCUGCUGAGCGAACAGUGGGAUGGAGCAACAGUUUGGAUGGUUCAAUAAACGAAACAGUUGCAACAGAUGUUCUUGAAAUGUUGCAACCACACAAAAACAUCAAGCAAAUCAUAAUCAGUGAUUAUGGAGGUACAAAAUUCCCAAGUUGGAUGGGAUCCCCUUUGUUCUCCAAUCUGAAUCUUCUAAGAAUUAGCAAUUGCAGAAAGUGUAGUUAUCUACCACCACUUGGGCAACUAACUUCUCUCAAAGAACUCGUGAUUGAAGGAAUGGAAGAAAUAAAGAGAAUAGGAACUGAGUUCUAUGGGGAUGGGCGUUCUUCUGCUAUGCCUUUCCCAGCAUUGGAAACUUUAAAGUUUGACAGCAUGUUACAAUGGGAGGAAUGGUCUUCUUCUGGACUUGAAGUCAGGGGAGACUUCAAUAACCUUCAAAAGAUUGAAAUUUGUAACUGUCCUAAGCUUAGGAAAUUCUCACACCAUUUUCCUGCCUUGAAAAAAAUGAGUAUUAAGGAAUGUAAAGAACUGGAAACCCCUCCAAGGCUUCUUACAGUUGAUGAUAGCUUAGAACAAGGCAGAGAAUUCCCAUGCCUCCUUGAGCUUUCUAUAUGGACAUGCCCCAAACUGAGGGAACUACCGCGUCUCUUUCCUUCGUUGACAAUGCUUGAAAUAAAUGGAUGCCAAGUAUUGAAAGAACUUCCAAGGCUUCCUUCAAUCCGCGAGUUAGAUGUAAACAAGAUUGAUGAGGAACUGUUGCGAAAUAUGGUUAAGCUCCCUUCACUCAGCUACUUGCGUAUGUGUGAAAUUCCCAGGCUCACAUGUUUGCUUGAAGGGUUUCUUCAGAAGCUAACAUCUCUGGAAGAAUUACAGGUUGCCCAUAUUGGUGAGAUCACUUCUUUGUCGAGUGAAAUUGGAUUUCAAAAUCUCCAACGCCUCCAACGACUGGAGAUUUCAGGAUGUCCAUUGUUGGAGCAGUUGCCACCAAGUUUACAUGAACUCUCCUCUCUUAAGGAGUUGAGGGUCUUCAAGUGCCCCUUGCUUGUCUCCUUUCCUGAGACAGGCUUGCCUUCCAUGCUUAUUGGCCUUGAAAUCAAGGAAUGUGAGGCUCUGCAGUUCCUGCCUGAGUGGAAGAUGCAUAACAAUGAGGAACCUCUUUUACUCGAAUAUUUGGUAAUUGAAGAUUGCUCCUCUCUCACAUCUUUACCAAGAGGCCAGUUUCCCAGCACACUUAAGAAACUUGAAAUCCAUAACUGCAAGAAGUUGGAGUCGUUUCCAGAGCAGAUGCACAACAAUACUUGCCUUAAAGUCUUCAAAAUUUCAUUUUGUCAUUCUAUUAGGUCCUUCUCGGAAGGUACUUUUGGACUGUCCAGAGUCACAUCUAGCACUGCCAUAAGCCUUGAAGAACUUAUCAUCAACAAUUGUAAAGACCUCAAGUCAUUACCUGGAGGCCUACAAAACCUCGUGUAUCUCGAUUACUUGGAAAUAGUUGAUUGCCCACUUCUUCUGUAUUUUCCAGAACCCGGCUUGCCAGCCAAGUUGCGAUCAAUUAGAAUCUCCAAUUGCCAGAGUCUCAAGUCCCUACCAAAUUGGAUGUGCAACCUCACAUCUCUUCAAGAACUACAUAUAAAUGGUUGCUCAAGUCUUGCAUCAUUUCCAGAAGGGGGGUUACCUGCCAAUCUGCAGUCACUUUCAAUUUUAGACUCUGAGAAUCUCAGGCCCUCCUUUGAGUGGGGGCUGCACAGACUCACUUGUCUCAUGGAUUUGUCCUUGGGUGGAUGUCAGGGGUUAGUAUCUUUUCCAGAGAAGUGGUUGCUGCCAAGUAGUUUAUGCUCUCUUCAUCUUGAGCGUCUGCCAAGUCUUAAAUCCCUACCCAAGGGACUGAAAAGCCUCAGCUCUCUCGAUAAUAUGGAAAUAUGGGAUUGUGACAGGCUACAGGCUUUGCCAGACAGCUCAAAUACCACAGAGUUUGGAAUUUUGGGAUAUCCUUUCAUGUACAGUUAGAGGAGAAACAAAAAAUUUAUCUGCAUGCGUUUGAGCAGGUGUUGUUCGGCAGAGAAUGACUAUGAUCUCCCUCAAGUAUCUGAUGAGGUUUCUGGACAAGCGGAUUUUAGAGGAACAAGCAAGGAAGAUCAAGCCAAGGAGCAAAAAUCGCCCUCAAUGUGAUGACAUAUUGGGGUGAUUAUUCGGAUCAUUAUAUCAGUAGUUGCGGUAGUACAAACUGCAGUUGAAGAUCAGCCUCCACAAGAAUCUUGAUUCUCACCCUCUCAUUUUCAGUCCAGAACUUAGCCUCCGCCGCCUUCUUCAGUCUUGGCCUCCGCCCAUGAAUCUUGCAGAACGUUACUGCAAAUCUAUGUGCAAAACGAGAUGCACAAGGCACUUUCUACGCCAUCAAAUUUGUCUGGAUAUAUUUAUUUAUUAUUUUAAUAUUUUCUAUUAAAAAUUUGUCUGAACUAUUUUCAUUGAUACAAUCUAAUUUCUUGGGA